GACAAAAUGAAAACCAUAAAAAGCUAGCAUAUUCAUCCUGGAGAUCAUUAGUCCACAACCAUGAGUCUUGCGGAACUUGUGACUUUUUUAGUCAACAAGUACUUCUCAAAUUUGAUAAGUGUCCUUAUUACUUACAACUCAUCGUCAACAAGUGAAGUAAGUGGCCUGUUCUUGGAUUCUGUUCAGGCAUCCUUUCAAAAUCUCACUCAACAAGGACAUUUCAUUGGUAUAAAUUGGAUUGAUACUGAUGUUUUGGCAAAACAGGAAGACCUAAGAGGGUUGCUUCUCCAAAAUGCUGAUAUAGGCAUAGAGGGCUACAUCACUAUAUUGCCUAGUCUAUUGGAAUUUCUAAACGCCCGUUUGUAUGCAACAGAGAAUUCAGUGUUACGGUUGAAGGAUAAAUAUUAUUUGUUUUUGUCUGUGGAUGAAAACGAAAACCCAGAAAAUGUUUUGACAAACGAAAUUCUUAAACUUUACCCUCACCACCUCUUCGUAUCUUUUGUUAAAAAUUCAUCUGAUAUAACUUUUUGGACACAGAAAUUUGUCGGCGCUUCUGAUAACCUCAAACCAAUUCAUUUGGAUACUUAUUUAAAAAAUGGAGAAUUUACCAAAAAUGCUGAACUCUAUCCAAAUAAAUUUCUUAAUAUGUUUGGAAGAAUUUUAGAAGUAGCUUCGGUAACAUACAUUCCGUAUGUUGUCAGUUAUUCAGUGGCUGAAGGUAUGGGCGAUGUUGACAACUUAGAUCCAGAACAACCGAAAAAAAGUGUUAUCUAUACUGGAACUGAAGCUGAUAUAGUAUUGUCAUUCUGCCGUCUCAGAAAUUGUACGAUAAGAGUUACGCCUUGUGGCAACGAUAACUGGGGUGGAGUCUAUGAUAAUGGAUCUUCAGAUGGUUUAAUUGGUUCAGUGUUCCGACAUGAAACUGAAUUCGGAAUUGGUUGCUAUUAUAAUUGGUUCAAUGAUCUUUUUGAAACUUCUAUUGCUAUUGCUAAAUCAGCAGUUCCAAUACUAGCCCCAGCACCAUCCCUCUACCCGGCUUAUAUGACAAUCAUUUUGCCCUUCAACAAAUUAAUUUGGACUAUGAUUAUAAUUUCGAUAUUUGUAAGUGCAAUUGUAAUGCACGUGAUAAUGUAUUUCAACACUUAUAUGGAACAUCGUGAAGAUCCAACAAAAUUUCAUUUUGAUCAUGCAUCAUCGUACGAGCUAACGCAAUUUCAAAUGGUUGCAAUAUUUUUUCAACAAUCGUUUUCACAAUCAAAAUUGGAUCGAUUUGCUACACGCUUCUUUUUGAGUACCCUACUGCUAGCUGGGAUAACAUUGGAAAACACAUACAGUGGUCAACUGAAAUCUCUUCUAACCAUUCCUGCUGUGACAGAACCUGUAGACACAAUCCAGAAAUUCGCAAAGACCGAUUGGCAGUGGGCUUCUCCAUCUGGAGCUUGGAUAUUUUCGAUAGCUUUUUCGGAUAUUCCACAUGAAAAAAUUAUGACUGAGAAAUUCGUGGAAAUGAGCUAUGAGCAAUUGAGAGAUGCAUCUUACACAGGAAACUAUGGCAUUGGAUUGGAACGUUUGCAUGGAGGAAUUUAUAGUUUUGGUAAUUAUAUAAAAGAUGGCAAUUUGGAUAAAUUAAUUAUGACAAAGGAUGAUUUGUACUAUGACUAUUCUAGAGGUUUUGCUAUAAGAGGUUGGCCACUUAUGGAUACUUUUAAUACACAUAUUUUAUGGUGCUUAGAACAUGGGCUAUAUAAUUAUUGGGAAAAGAAGCAUGUUUAUUAUUUUUUGGAUAGAAAAACUCAAGGAAUAAUGUUCAAUCUUGCAUCAGGACAUUUGCAGAAAUUUCCACCAAUUCCACUAACUAUUGCAAAUAUUUCUGGACCAUUGUGGGCCUUAGCUAUUGGAUAUGGGAUGGCAUUAAUUGUAUUGAUAUCGGAAAUGUUUGCAAAUGGAAGUAACAAAUUUACUAAGCAUGCACAAAUAACGAAGAAAUCUCACUCUUAAAUUUAAAGAAAAGCAAACAAAAUUCGCUUACAACUUUUGGUUUUUAAUCAAUUAUUAAUAAAGCCCAUUAAACGCUUUUUA